AAUAAAAGAGAGAUAGUUGCAGUUGGAGCGCCAUCUUUUCUAUUUGACGUUGUCAAUUGUCAGAUGACAAUAAAGUUGAAUUAUUUUAAAAGGCAUUUAGUAAAUGUGGCACAUUUUGUCAAAAAAUUGCUAGUCAUGAAUAAGACCCCGCUUGAAAGUAAGUCAAAAAGUGACACGUCGCACCUAACCUCAAAAAAAUCGCUCUCCAAUGCUGCAAUGCCGCAAGUAACCCCAAAUCCCUGUCAGAAUUUUGAAUUUGAGGUUUUGCCAACACCUGUUAAGAGUGCGAGUGAUAAAAAGGAAUACAGGGUAAUACGGCUAAAAAAUGGCCUGACGGCUUGUCUCGUGUCAGACAGUUCUCCUUUAGAUGGCUGUGAACAAGAGGCUGAAAUUUCGGAAGAUGAGGAAGAAGAAGAAGAAGAAAGUGGCGAUGAAUGCGAGAGUAGUGAUGAGGAUGAUGAGGACCAUCUCCCGGAACAAAAAAUGGCUGCUGCAAGUUUGUGUAUAGGCGUUGGGAGUUUCAGUGACCCCAAAACUGUCCCAGGAAUGGCCCAUUUUUUGGAACACAUGGUUUUUAUGGGUAGUGAAAAGUUUCCAGAAGAGAACGAUUUUGACUCAUUUAUUUCGAAAAGGGGCGGCUCUGAUAAUGCCUCCACAGAUUGUGAAUACACAACGUUCUACUUCGAAUGCCUUGAAAAAGAUUUGUUAACAGCACUCGAUAAAUUCGCCCAAUUUUUUAUAUCGCCCCUAAUGAAAAGAUGUUCUAUUACGAGAGAAAGAGAAGCGAUUGAAUCAGAAUUUCAGAUGGCUUUACCUUCUGAUACUUAUCGCAAAGAACAGCUACUUGCCAGCUUAGCUGAUGACAAAAGCCCAGUCAAUACAUUCACUUGGGGUAAUUUAAUUACUCUGAGAGAUAAUGUCUCUGAAGAUGACUUGUAUAAAGGGGUACAUGAGUUCAGAAAACGGCAUUAUUCCGCCCACAGAAUGACUCUAGCAAUUCAAGCCAGAUUGCCAAUGGAUGAGUUGGAAAAAUACGUCCUGGAGUGUUUCAGUAAUGUGCCUUCUAAUGACUUGCCACCUGAUGAUUUUAAACAGUUUACAAACGUCUUUGAUACACCGAAAUUUACAAAAAUGUAUUAUAUUCAACCAGUUAAUGAAGUUAUUCAGCUUGAACUGACUUGGGCUUUGCCUUCUUUAUUGAACAAAUACAAAAGUAAACCACAUCAGUACGUCUCGUGGAUACUCGGGGAUGAGGGAAAAGGCAGUCUUUUGGCAUAUUUGAAGAAAAAGGUUUGGGUCCUAAGCAUCUCUGCUGGCAACGGGGAAUCCGGUAGUGAACACAACUCCUUGUACGCUUUCUUUACAAUAAGCAUGUCCUUAACAGAAGAAGGAUUCAAACAUUUGAAUGAGGUAAUUGAAAUAGUCUUUUCUUACAUCAACAUGUUAAAAAAACUCGGUCCCCAAGAACGCCUUUAUAACGAAAUGAAAAUAAUUGGCGACAUUUCCUUUAAAUUUGCGACUGAAGAAACAGCCGUUGAACUCGUGGAAAGUUUAUCCGAAGACAUGCACUUGUACCCACCCGAGGACUACAUCACAGGCUCGGAACUAUUUUUCGAGUACGAUCCUGACGCUAUUAAAAUGGUACUAAACAGUUUAGUGCCGGAAAAAAUGAACGUGAUUGCACUUUGUAAUAAAUUACCAGCAGGUCUGACUUUUGACCAAACUGAAAAGUGGUUCGGCACCAAAUACACAGAGAAAGAUAUUCCAAACGAAUGGUUGAAAAAAUGGCAGAAAGCCACACCACUUAAGGAAUUUUCUCUGCCAGCUCCGAACCAGUUUUUGACCGAAAAUUUCACUAUUUUGGAUGAGGAGGAAAAUCAUGCCGAGUAUCCCGAAAAAAUUUUAAGCACACCUUUGGUGGAAGUGUGGUAUCGGAAGGAUCAAAAAUUUAAGUUGCCUAUUGCCUACUAUAAUUUUUAUUUUAUCAAUCCAAUGGGCUUGGAUGUACCGAAAACAGCGGCUUUGGCAGAUUUCUACAUGACUCUCAUCCAAAUUCAGUUAGUUGAUGAGGCAUAUCCUGCCACAGUAGCCCAGUUAUCUUAUUCAUUUAAAUGUUACGACAAAGGAAUUGUAGUUGGAGUAUCUGGUUAUAACGAAAAACUACAUGUUCUCAUUGAAUUAAUAACAAAAUACAUGCUCAACUUUAACUCAAACCUUACGGAGGACAUGUUCAAAGCAGUGAAAAAUAAAUUAAUAAAAUAUUACUACAAUUGUUUACUGAAACCCACCAGUUUGGCAAAGGAUGUACGUUUAGAUAUUUUGGUAGAUAAUUACAAUUCGUUAGUUGAUAAAUAUAACGUGACACAUUCUUUAACAUUUGAUGAUUUAAAAAAAUUCGCCGAAAGUUUUAUCCAAAACUUAUUCAUCAUGGUUUUAAUACAAGGAAAUGUGACAAAGGAACACGCCAUAAAUGUGGUCAAUAAUCUAGUUACAAGCCUAAACUGCAAACCGAUUGAUCCUCAUUCGUACCCAAAAUUCCGUGUAGGUCAAAUACCCAAUGGGGAAAAUUACUGUGUGUUGGAAUCAUUUAAUACAAAUGAUUCAAAUUCGGUUGUAACCAACUAUUACCAAUCUGGGCCAUUCUCUGUGAAAAAUUCGGUCAUAAUCGAGAUCUUGAUGUUGAUAAUACAGGAACCUUUAUUUGACACGCUCCGCACUAAGGAGCAGUUGGGUUACGACGUCAGUUGUUCAAACCGCGACACUUUCGGUAUUUUGGGUUUUUCGAUCACUGUUAAUGCACAAGCGACGAAAAAUACAACCGAACAUGUUCAAAAAAGAAUCGAGGCAUUUAUUCAGCAAGCGUCCGAUUUGUUGAAAUGUAUGACUGAAGAGGCGUUUGAAACGACGAAACAUGACCUCAUCAAGACGAAACGAUGUGUCGAUGUGCAUUUGAAGGAGGAAUUUAAUAGAAAUUGGUCGGAAAUUGCAGAUGAGGAUUAUAUGUUUGAUAGAUUGAAGCAGGAAAUUGCAGAAAUUGAGAAACUUACACUUGGGGAAGUUCAAAAGUGGUGGCAAGCGCAUACGUUGUGUGGGAGUAAGGAGAAUUUUAGGAAGUUGAGUAUUCAGGUUGCAGGUUUUAGUGAUGGUGGCACAAAACCGGAAACUAGUGGGGAUGAAGAAAAAAAAGAAGGGAUGCAACUAGCAAUCAAGUUUAUUGAAGACAAUAAGGUUCAAUAUGAUGCGGAAGCACCUAAUUUUAUAACAAGUGUGGCUACUUUUAAACAAAAUUUGUUUUUGUUUCCAUUAGUGGGCAAAAAUAAAAUUGAGAAUAAUUGAAACGCACAAUUUUUUACUUUCUGUCUUUAGUCUGCGUGAGACAAUAACAUGUGAUAAGCUGAUUGUUUGAUUAAAUAAAGGCAUUUGAAAAACUU